CGCGUGCGUAAAAUCCGCUCCCCACUCUCCCUCCCCCCUCCUCUUUUCCACGAGGGAAGGGAGCGAAGUAAUGGAUUAAAGGAUGCGCCUCCUUACCGAUUAAUGGAAGAGCGGCUGCUGCUGAGGCGAGGUGGGGAAGCAGGUGGCUGAGAAACGACUGUCGCCGCCCCUCCGCGAGUCCUCGGUUGGAAAAGUGGGUCUCUUCAACUGCUGCUGCAGCAGCGAUGGCGACCGAUAUUACUCCUGAAGCAAUUGGGUUCCUCUCUGCUGUUGGGGUCUUUAUAGUUCUCCUUGCAGUCCUCUCCCUCUUCAUCAACAAGAAGCUCUGUUUUGAAAAGAUUGGAGGUCUUCCCUGCUUGGAGCAACAAGGGAAGCACAAGCACUACAAAGAAAAAUCUGGGGUUCGGGAGGGUCUUGCUCACAGAGCACUGAAUCUGAUACACUGGCAAAGAGGAACAGCUGGAAUUUAUGACCAUCACAGGUUUUGCUCAUUAAUAUAUAAAAGUAUGGCUUCAGAGGAUGUCUUAAGCUUCUUCCAGCCUUUUUCCUCCUGGAUAUCUCGAGUCUAUGAGGCUUUCCAGCAAGCAGGAGAAUCCUUAUCUUCUUCGUUGAAUAAUCUGGGAAGCAAACCAGAUCAAAAUGGAUUUGAUGGGGAAGAUGAGGAUUUAGAAGACAGUGAUGGGCUUUAUGAACGCUACUCUGUAGGUUCUGAUGAUGACAGUACUUCAAGUCAGGAGAGUGAGAAAUCUCAUCAUUCUUCAUCAUCCUAUCAAGAUCUUGCUUCACCUGAAUCUUCAGAUCUUGAUUUGUAUUGGUCUGAGCAGGAAGGAACCACCUCAGAGGAAUACUUUGAGGAUGCCUCCCAUAGAGUCUACCAAAGUUACAAGAGUUAUCAAGCUAUGGAAACUCUCCCCACUAUCCCUGAGGAGGAGGAACAUCUCCACUCCAAGCAAACUAAGAACCUUUCAUGUAGCUGGGACGUGAACAGUUAUGGGGAUGAUGAAGAUCUAACAACAUCCUCAGACAGUGAUGAAGAGGUGAUUAAACAGUUUGAGAUCUCAGUUUCUCGUUCGCAGAGCUUUCGAUCAGGAGUUUCUGAAAAAGGGAUCCAAGCAGGUUUGGAGCACAGGCCAAAAUUUAACAGCUUGUUGUCAAAUCAUGAAGAAUACAGUACUGAGGCCUCUGAAAGUGAAGAUUUAGAUGGGUUCAGCCACCUGAGUUACCAGGACAACCUGUCUUCUCAUGAAGAUGACCUUCUAUCCAUCAGUUCGAGAGUGGUGGAGAGCAGGGGCUCUGGGCAGCCAAAAGACUCUGAGGUGGAUGUUAAUGCAACACUCGGCCUCAGCCGACAAGAAACCGAAGGGAGUUUGGAAAUGGAAACAGCUUUCAGCAAUCAAGGAUUUGAAGGGAAUGAUGAAACUGACAGCUCAUCAGCUUGGAGUCCAGAGGAACAUGAAGAAGCAAAUGUUCUCCCAGCUCAUACCAGUGCCUAUGAGCCAAUUUCAAGAUGUGGUGACUUAGAUGUCCUCUUUGAUUACAAACCAUCGAGCCAGAAAUUGGUGGUGACUAUUGUCGAAGCUAAAGAUAUCCCAGACAAGGACCGCAGUGGAGCAAGUACCUGGCAGGUACACACAGUCCUGAUGCCCAGCAAGAAACAGCGAGGGAAGACAAGUGUCCAGAAAGGGCCAAAUCCAUUGUUCAAGGACAAAGUGACCUUCACUAAGUUGGCACCUGAAAUGCUGUGCAGUUACGCCCUCCGGUUCCGUCUCUAUUCUGUGCGCAAAAUGAUGAAGGAGAGAAUGAUGGGGGAACAGUUGUUUUAUCUUAGCCACCUCAACCAAGAGGGGGAAAUGAAGACCACGCUGGUUCUGGAACCAAGGAGCAACUUAUGUAGUGGAGGCUCCCAACUGAGUCUUUCGGCCAUCUCUCACAGUGACAGUGCUUCUUCAACCCAGUCUCUGUCCCAUGGAGGAGUUCCAGAAUUGCUAGUAGGACUAUCCUACAAUGCUACAACAGGCAGACUGUCGGUUGAGAUGAUCAAAGGCAGCCACUUCCGGAACCUUGCCAUUAACAGACCACCAGAUAGUUAUGGGAAACUCUGCCUUCUGAACUCUGUCGGUCAAGAAAUGUCUCGCUGCAAGACAUCUGUUCGACGAGGACAGCCAAAUCCUAUCUACAAAGAGACGUUUAUCUUCCAAGUUGCCUUGUUCCAGCUCUCAGACGUCACCCUGAUGAUCUCCAUUUACAAUCGCCGCAGUAUAAAGCGCAAAGAGAUGAUUGGCUGGAUUUCUAUGGGUCAGAACAGUAGUGGAGAAGAAGAGUUAAGUCAUUGGCAGGAGAUGAAGGAAUCCAAAACACAGCAAGUGUGUAGGUGGCAUAUGCUCCUGGAGUCUUAAUGGCAACCUCAGCCGUUCCAACAGGUGCAGGGCAUCCUUCUUGCUAUAUAAAGGACUAUAUCAUCGGUUUCUGUUAUAACUGGACUUCUGAUGCUCUUUACUAAUGGAAUUAUUCUGUUAGGUUAUUGCCCUGUUAUUUUUAGUUAUAGGAAAUUGCUUGAAGUAACAGGUAGGCAAAUUGGGUUAGAACUUUAUGCUCUCCCUUCGCCCGUCAAGAAUUGAGAUUGAGUGUUCAAUAUCAUCUCAGUAUUUUCACCGGUAAUGAGAUUUGCUCUUGGUCAUGUCACUGUAAAGAGCCAAAUUUGGAUGGGUGAGGUAUGUGCCUUUGUUGUGAGGAAAGGCUGCAAAAAUGAUCACGAAAUAGUGAUCAUGAAAAUGGUUUUCAGUGGUACCUUGGUACUCAUUGUUAAUUGGUUCUGGGUGGUGCGAUAAGUACGAAAAACAAUGACUACCAAACAAAUUUUUCACAUAAGGAAUAAUGUAAAUAAAAAUUCAUUCCCAAACCAAAGACAGUGCACAUUUUAAGGCAAAACGUAAAAAGACAGGGUUGUAUAUCAUUACUUAAGAAAUAAAUCUAAAAAUAAACACCUAGAUUAAAUAAAAUAAAAACUUCACUUUACCUGUACUGGUGGGUGGGGAGUCAAAAAUACACAAAAUGACCACAGAAGUUAAAAUAACACUGCAAAGGGAUGUGCACAGGACAAGAGCUAUCGCAUGAUUAAUGCAUCAAUCUUUGUUUCAUCUGGAAAGGGUAGCGAGUCAUGAGGCAGCCGACACCGACAAGUUCUAGCUUGUGCAUUGAGUACUAAACAAAUGAUGAGUUUCAGAGCAGUUGAGUACCAAGGUUCCACUGUAUUUGGAGAGUUUUGUGGAAUGGUUUCUGGCCUAACCCACUUUUUCAUCCCAGAAUCGUUCACUUAUGAGUACUUGGCUCAGUCCUAAUUCUCUGACUGCAAUAAAUAAGAUGAAUUUUGAUUCCUGACAAAUAGUCACUUAAAAAAAUCUCUUUAUAAAAAGAGGCUUCCCAAAGGCUUAGUUUGAACCAUGUGCACAUAUACCAGAAUAUACCAGAUAUGUGCAUGUUGUCAUUAAUGCAACUUAAUUGCAAAAUGAUAUUGAACUCGGAGUGUUCAGUAUCCUACAUUUACUAUAUUUGGUUUUCCCCCCAGAAAGAAAGCCAUAUUUCAGUCUGGCUACUUGAAUGUUCCAUGACAGCAAGGAAAUAACAUGUGGAUGUGGGCUCCAUCUAUUCCUUUUAAUCUAUAAUGUUCUAUAAAGCCAAACACUUGUGCUUUAUAUUAGGUUCUCCAUAGGCAUGCAUGCAUUAUUACUGUUAUCACCAUGGAAGCCAUGGGUCCCCUUAGCAGUUCUAGCUCUGUGAGUGCUAAAAAAAGAAAUCAAGAGACUGGAUGCCUACAGUAUUGAUAGCAGCUUUCUUGAAUCUGGUACCAUCCGAGUGUGCAAAACUCUAAUUAUGAUGCUCUUAACUAGGAAGACAUCUGAUUGGGAAAGGUUGAUUUUAGGAAAGUAUAGUGCUUCAGGGAUUAUUUACAAAGACGAUAGUGGUAAAAAAGACAUAUUCCUUUGUUAGGAAGCUCUGGAAUGUGCUCAGAUACCAUGUGACCAGUGAUCUCUCCUGAUAAUUGACUUCUCUGAAAGGCUACACAAGAGCCUCUGCAGCAUGCAAAAACAAAAAAAGUUUUGAGAAACACACUAUUUGAAAUAAGUUGUAAAUAAACUUCAAAACCAUCUUAGAAAUGGGCCAGAGAGUAUAUUUAUAACAGAAUGCUGGUGAUGCGGACUUCCUUAUUUAAAACCUGGCCACCAUGGUUACAGAACACUAAUUCACCAUACUACUGCUUAUUGUCCUCGGCAUCCCAUCCUACCGGAUACCAUUUAGGGUCCUGCUUAUUUUAUCUUUGUCUUUUGGGGGAUCCAUUUGACACAUUUUCUACUCUAGGGGUUUCGCUUAUGGUUUCUAUAUUAUGAGGACACUUAAAGGGCCCAUUUGAAUCUCAAAAGGCAUUCUAGAAAAUAAAAAUUAUGGUUGGAAGCUGGUAGUAGGUUUUAUAGCAUAUCUUGUCAUAUUUCCUGAUACUUUUACUUUAAAAUAUUUUAUAUUGUUUCCAUGUUUUAAAUAAAAUAGUUGUUCUUAAAUGUUAAAAGACCAAUGGGACACGGAGCCUGGGAAAUAAUAAGGAAAGUGAAGUACUGUGUUCCCCGAAAACAAGACCCUGUCUUAUAUUUUGUUUUUGAACCCCAAAAUAAGCGCCUGGCUUUAUUUUCAGGGAGGUCUUAUUAUUUUGGGGCGUGUGGAGCAAGAUGGGGUUCCUCUUGCCACCUUACCUGAUUUUCAGCUCUGUCUUUCUAACCCAAACUAGAGGAAAUGGCGGGGAUCAGCUGCGCAUGCGUUUAAAUAUUUUUCGGGGAGGGCUUAUUUUUUGGAGGGGGGCUUGUUUUAGCGCAUGCACUUAAAAGCCCAAUUGGGCUAAUUAUCAGGGGAUGUCUUUUUUGGGGGGAAACAGGACAUCUGUGGGUACUUCACCUUUAGGCACUGUGUUGGGAACAACCAAAAUAGGUUGUUGACUGGAUAUAAAGCCUUCCUGUCCAAGCUCUUUUCUAAAAUGCUGGAGAUCAAAUUGAGGAUCUUCUGCUUGGAAAGAAUAUACAGUAUACUGCAACUCAGUGAUGGCCUUUCUAGAGGAAUGUCCCUUUUAAGUUUCUGCAGAAACAUUUUACAAAGAGAUACAUCCUUAGCUGGUUUCUCUAACAAGAACAAAAAUUAAAACAGGUUGAUUGAAGAACUGCAUAUCCAUGUAUGAGGACAGAGGAAUCUCUUUCAAAAGGCAUACUGUGGAUUAUACUUUUAUUAUCUAAAAAUGUAUUAAUGAUGCUUUGCUUCAGAACUAUUCUUUUCCUUAUAUGGAAAAGUGCAGAUUUUAUUGGCGGAAACUCAGAAAAAAAUCAAUUACUUCUGAGAGAAGAGAGAUCAAGUUUUCUUGAUAAUGCAGAUGAGAUCAAGAGCCUAGUAUUGCAUGCUGCUCAUCUAUUUUUCUUUUUAAAAAUCUGUUUCUUCAAUGGGAAAAAAAUAGCUUGCUACCAUUCCGGAACAGGGGUCAGAGAGGACAAUUCACCAAUAUGUCUCCUUUUUCAAGCUGCAUGCCAAAAAUUUAUAGGUUGCAUUCCCCCCCCCCCUGGAAAUCACCAAGGGCCUGUAAACUCUGAGUAAUCUGUGAUGCACUCCGUUAAAUAUGAAAUGAUAAUGUAUCCCAAAGCAUCAAAGAAUUCAUCUUUUAACAACAGCAGAUCCAGCACAUUAAGGCAGCUUUUCUUUCCCUGCAUUGUUCAAAAGGUUGCAUGAGAAGGUUCCUGUUUGGCAUCCAUCUCACGGAAACAGCUUGUACAAUCCAUCUCUGAGGACCUCCUGUUUUAAUUGCCUGCCAGAUUCACUAGGGAGAGUGCCAAAGCCAGGGUGGAUGAAGGGGGCUUCUGUUGGAACACAUUAUGAAGCCCUGCUAAUUUGUAAUGCCAAAAGCCCACCUUUUCAUUUCGGUGAUGGAUCUGUGUAAAAGCAGAACAGGUCUGCAGUGAGAUCCUUCAAAUGCAUCUCUCAAUAAUUUUGCCCUGCACGUGGAUCUAUAAUUCUUGAGGCUAUAUGUGGCUGUGUAUCACACUAAUUGAAUUCAGCUAUAGUGAGUUGCAGAAAAGCCAACCAACUGAGACUUAUAAAUCAUCAUUUAUGGCUUUAGGGUGAACCCAGCCAAUUAUGACCUAAGAAACUGUGGACAAACACAGUGUUUGAAUGUAGCUAGUGAAACAACUUGGGUUUGGAGCUGCCUAGGAAGUAACUUGGCCCAGGAACAAAAACUACUUAAAAUUUCAUUUCUAGGAAGAAACUGGAACUUAAUCAUGGCAUUUGUCUUUUUUUUUUUAAUUAGGAAGGCAUCACUUGGAGGGGGACGUUCAAAAUGAGCAAGAUGAUGAUUGUGGCAUUGCAGUGGAAGUCUCACCCUGUUUAUACUUGCAUUGAUAUUAGCAGACAAAUAUCUGCAGAUAUUAGCAGAUAUUAGUAGCCAACAAAAUGGAUAUGAUUUGCAUUAGGACAUCUGACUUGCCCUCUUGCUCUUUUUGACCCACAGAAAGAUACUGCUGAAUGCAUAAGAAAAUAAAUAGUAUGAAGUAGGGCAGAGAUGGAAAAUUCGGAAGAAAUUGCCAGACAGUUGAGUUACCUAAAAGCACAGAGGAAAAAAGUACAUACUUAAACUGCAUGGAACCACCUGACUUUGGCUAAUCUCAAAAAACUAAGCAAGAUUGACUCCAGCUACUACCUGUAUGAGUGAAUUUAAAACCAAUAAAAAUAAAAUUUAGAUAAAAUUUAGGCCAGCCCCGCACGAAUAAAUAGAUGAGUUUUCAAUUCGCGGCGGAAGGUCCGAAGGUCAGGUAUUUGGCGUAACCCGGGGGAAGUUCGUUCCAGAGGGUGGGAGCCCCCACAGAGAAAGAUCUUCCCUUGGGGGCCGCCAGCCAACAUUGCUUGGCGGACGGCACCCUGAGAAGUCCCUCUCUGUGAGAGCGCACGGGUCGGUGGGAGGCGUAAGGUAACAGCAGGCGGUCCCGUAAGUACCCAGGCCCUAAGCCAUGGAGCGCUUUAAAGGUUGUAACCAAGACCUUAAAGUGCACCCGAAAGGCCACAGGCAGCCAGUGCAGUCUGCGCAGGAGCGGUGUUACACGGGAGCUACGUGGAGCUCCCUCUAUCACCCACGCAGCUGCAUUCUGGACCAACUGCAGUCUCCGGGUGCACCUCAAGGGGAGCCCCAUGUAGAGAGCAUUACAAUAAUCCAAGCAAGAGGUAACGAGCGCAUGAGUGACUGUGCACAGGGCAUCCCGAUCAAGGAAGGGGCGCAACUGCCGAACCAGGUGAACCUGGUGGAAGGCCCUCCUGGAGACGGCCGUCAAAUGAUCUUCAAACGACAGCCGUUCAUCCAGGAGAACACUAAGUUGCGCACCCUAUCCUUUGGGGCCAGUAACUCGCCUCCAACAGUCAGCUGCGGCUGCAGCUGACUGUAUCGGGGUGCCGGCAUCCACAGCCACUCCGUCUUGGAGGGAUUGAGCUUGAGCCUGUUCCUCCCCAUCCAGACCCGUACGGCUUCCAAACACCGGGACAGCACUUCGACAGCUUCGUUGGGGUGGCCCGGGGUGGAAAAGUACAGCUGAGUGUCAUCAGCGUACAGCUAGUAUCUCACCCCAAAGCCACUGAUGAUCUCACCCAACGGCUUCAUGUAGAUGUUGAACAGAAGGGGCGAGAGAAUCGACCCCUGCGGCACCCCACAAGUGAGGCACCUCGCGGCCGACCUCUGCCCCCCCGUCAACACCGUCUGCGACCGAUCGGAGAGAUAGGAGGAGAACCACCGAUACACGGUGCCUCCCACUCCCAAUCCCCCCAACCGGUGCAGCAAGAUACCAUGGUCGAUGGUAUCAAAAGCCGCUGAGAGAUCUAGCAAGACCAGGGCAGAGGAAUACCCCCUGUCCCUGGCCCUCCAGAGAUCAUCCACCAACGCGACCAAAGCUGUCUCCGUGCUGUAUCCGGGUCGGAAGCCGGACUGGAAUGGGUCUAGAUAGACGGAUUCAUCCAGGUAUUGGGGUAGCUGCCGCGCCACAGCACUCUCUACAACCUUCGCAACAAAGCAUCAUCUUUGUAUCUAAAUAUAAUUUGUGUCUAAAUUAUAAUUCCUUAUAAACCCCUUUGCUGCUGCUUAGAGCAGCAGUUCUUUACAUGCUUACUUAGGAGUAAGCCCCAAUUUUUCAACUCCUUACCAUCUGCUCCUGAGAACACCUGCAUAAGAUUUGCUGUACAUCUGCUUCUGCCAUUGUGGAAGGUCUGAAUAGAGGCAUUCUUUAGGUCAGGGGUCUGCAAACUUGGCUCUUUUAAGACUUGUGGACUUCAACUCCUGCUUUAGGUUAUCAUAAUUCAUGUCUGCGCCAAAAAGGCUUUACAUUUCAUACUCUUCAAGAGCAAAUAUAUAGAAUACUUUGAAAACUAAUCUCCUCAAAUAUUGGGUAUUCUGUCUAUAUAUACGCUAUGAAGGAUACAACGGCAUAUUGAAGGUUGAAGUACGUUAAAUAAAUAUUGGAUCCCAUGCAAGUCUACAUAUGGUGCUCCCUCAAUUCAGGUAGAAUGAGAGCAAGGGAAUGUUGAAUGCUUGCCAAGGCUGUUGCUCAAAUAUCCUUCCUGUUUCUGUUGAUCCCUGUGCAGAGUCUAAGUGGAUCAUAUAUAGAGUCAACCUCGUCUUAUUUAAGUUUUUUAAAAGACUCACUUAAAGCACAGUAGAGCUGAGCAGUGUAUUGGUAACAAUAGAAACCUCGGUUAUUAAAACAGCAUUUCUUUAGGAUUAAAAAAGCACAGUUUAUAGGCAAUAUCUACAUUUAAAAAACAAACAAAAUGCACUUUUGUUCUGGCAUAUACAACUAUCCUUGAUUAAAUGUUAUAUUACUUUUUAUUGAUGAAAACUAAAUGUACAUUUGAUG